AUGUCUACGCCCAAGCUAGAUGCUAACCAGUUAGCAAGACAGCGUAAGAAGAUAGAGAAGGACAGAAGAAGAAAACAAUACGAUGAUCUUCAAGUCCAGGGCACCAACAACUCAUCGAUCGUAUCCAAGAGAUCGGUAGAGAUGUUGUAUACCAAAGAAAUCAGUCCCGAGAUGGGAGAGUGGUUUAAAUUCUUUGUUCCCAAGCCCAAGAGAAGAUCACCUGCGAUCAACCGUGGAUAUUGGAUCAGAAUGGAGUCAAUAAGGCAAAUGGUUUUGCGUAUCAUAGAAAAGAAUCUCGACAAGGAGAUCAAUGUGGUAAACUUGGGAUGCGGGUUUGAUCCCUUACCUUUUCAGCUCUUAAAUUCAUUCAAAGAAACGGGCAGUAAGGUCAAGGUGAAUUUCUUGGACUUUGACUAUCCCGAAUUAAUUGAGAAUAAGCUGCGGAUGAUAAAGGAGUCUCCCGAAAUUUGCACCCUCAUCAAUUAUCACGAAAGCGUCAAGGCUGAGGAGAAAGAAGUGGGGAUUGUGCUCUCCACUGAAAAUUACAAACUUGUUGGGUGUGACUUGAAAGAUGAAAAAUUGUACAGAAAACAGAUCGACUACCUCUUGAGCCCCCAGUCAGUGAACAUAUUUAUUGCCGAGGUGUCCUUGGCAUACAUGAAGCCCGAAUUUGCCAAUGCUAUCAUUGACCACUCCAGCCUGGUGGCCAACUCCCAUUUCAUUAUUUUGGAGCAAAUCUUGCCCGAUACUAAAUAUUGUGCGUUUGCUCAGAAAAUGAUGUAUCACUUCAAUCACUUGAGGUCGCCCUUGCAGUGUGUGGAGUCAUAUCCGCUUCCACAAGACCAAAUCCGGCGAUUCCACCAAUACUAUCCUCAUGUUGAAAUAAAAAAUUUACUCGGAAACUGGUUAUUUUUGGUGGAUGAGAACACCCGGUCCAAGUGGGAAGAGUUUAUUAUUUUCUGCCAGCACUAUGUGAUAGUGCAUGCAUCCAACAUGGCACAAAUGAUAUAUGACGGACCCGCACCAGCGGACCCCGAGCCGCUCGUGGUGGAUGACACCGUGAAAUUCUCGCUUGAAUCCGAGUUGCAGGUUGCUGUCAAGUUUCCUGCGGUCGAAACGGUGGGUUCUACAUUGGUGGUCCACGGAGGGUUGGACCAGACCAGAACCGACCGCAGUGUGUCGUAUUCCAACGGGCAGGUGGCCGAGAUGGAGGUGGGUGGCGACGUUCCCAGCCCCCGGAUGUGUCACACCCUCACGGCAAUCAACGGCCAGGAUGCAUUGUUGAUUGGGGGCCGGUCUAGACCAGGACAGCUUCUCGCAGACGUAUACAGGUUGCGCCACGGCCAAACUUGGGAGCAGAUGCCCUCUUUGGCCGACCCCAGAGCCCGCCAUUCCGCUGUCAGAAUAGGCAACGAGGUGCUCGUAUUCGGAGGUCUCCAACAGGCGGGGGAUCUCUUUGUUAUGUACGGAGAAAAUAGUCGUCGCUUGAAUGUGGUGGGAGACCCUAUUGUUAAUUUGGACAGUUGUGCCAUGGCAUACAACGGGGAGUUUGGAGUGAUUGUGGGAGGAAUGGAGAAUCCAGACCAUCCGUGGGUCAGCAGCAAGCUCUACAAAUUCACCAUCGACGGCGACACGGUACGGGUGCAAAAGGUGAUGGAGCAUCCACAAUUUGCCAGAAUUGGUGCCAAGUGUUUGUUAACCCAGAAUAAGCUCUUGAUAAUUGGGGGGGUUUCGACCCACGACAUUGUUCGUCGCAGCCACCAGGUGAUUACCCUCGCCCUCCCACAUGUCUUGGAAUGGCAGGAAAAUAACCCUAUUAUUAAGACGGUUGAGAUCCCUGAAUCCAUUUACGUUGCGCACCCACCAGUAUUCAUCGGGUUCGGGGUAGUUGAGGUUGCGCAUCCGGGUGAGAAUGCGGUGGGUGCGCCAGCAUCUGCAAGGGAAUUCUUGGUGCUAGCGGGUGGCGCAGUGUGCUACUCGUUUGGCAGUUGUUACAAUAGCGUCUAUAGACUCAACAUCAGCUAA